UACGCAUUUAUCAGAUAAGAAAAUGUACAAUAUGAAAACUAGUAAUUAUAUUUUUAUAUCCUACGCGGGUUAAAAUGGAUAGUACAGCUCCAUUUCAACCUUGGGCUAAAGAUGGUGUGAAAAAUGUUAAAUCUGAAAGAGUAGUGGAUGACGCGAAACUUCAUCAAGAAAAUGUCAAUCAUCCAAAACAUACGCAAACUGCGUCUUACGAUAAAGAUAGUAUUUCCGCUUCAAACGAAGAUCCGGGACCAUCGAUUGCUACGGAUCCUACCGCCGGGCCCUCCAGGAGCAAAGAGCCCAGAAUGGACUCUGAAAAAAUAGCUUCCAUGCAACAGUUUAUCGAGAACACCCUCAGCCAUGAAGGAAGACAGAGAGUGGCCCAGCUGUUAGAGGAAGUGGAAUCCCUGAGUGGUGCAGAGAGGCUCCUCUUGUACUUGCGGCUGCCCACUGGCAUACCACCACAUGACCCACUCAAGCAGCCAAUAAACCCACUGGGGUCAAGGGCUGAACUCCAGCAGACUGUAACAUGGAUACAAACUCACUUGGAAGUUGAUCCUGAUGUUUCCUUGCCCAAGCAGGAUGUGUAUGACGAAUACAUAGCGCAUUGCAUGAGUAGCAACAUGAAGCCACUAUCUACAGCUGAUUUCGGUAAAGUGAUGAAGCAGGUGUACCCCAGCGUGCGCCCCAGACGACUAGGAACGCGCGGAAAUUCAAGGUAUUGCUAUGCUGGUCUUCGGAAAAAGAUUAAAUUGGAAGUUCCACAGUUACCAGAUUUGGGUGAAUCAUCAAAGGGGUUGCGUGAUACAUCGAGAGACACUGAGCGUACUGUGCUUGAUUGGGCAGAAAAUAAAUUAGGUAUAAAGUUGUCGAGCAUGCUGGAGCUAUCACGGCACGUGGCGUCGGCGGGAGCGCCGCGUGCGCCCGCGCCCAGCCACACUCCACCACCUCUCGCCCCGCACGGACUAGGAUCUUCAGAGGAUCCAACAAACAGACAAUUGAUGAAACAGCUGAAACGGAAAUUGCAGACGCAAGGUACACCAGGUCGACCGAAGAAGAACAAAGGUGUGGAGAUAUCGAGCGAGUCGCCGCCUUCCACGUCGUACCCGGCGCACGGCGCGCGCGGCGGGCUCGCGCCGGCCGGCCCGCACGCGCACGCGGCCGUCAAGCACGAGGCCGACCCCGCCGUCGAGUCCCCCUACCACUACCAGCCCGCCUACGUGUACGAGGCGCGCCCGCCCUCCUUCCCGCCGUACGCCGCGCCGCCGCGCGCGCACCCGCCGCCCGCGCCGCACCCCGCCAUCCCCGGCCACGACUACCGCCCCGACGCCUACGUCUUCGAGCCUCCCUACGCCGCGCGCGACCUCACUCUGCCGGCGGACGCCACUCACAACCUCCCGAUCAACCUCAGCAGCGACGCCUCUCUCGACUUGUCCACCGAGCGCACGGAGUGGCAGCGCCGACGGCCGCCCGAGCCGCCGCCGGCGCCUGUGCGCCUUCACCUGCCGGGUAAAAAGCUGAUACUGGAGACGUACCAGAGCGAGACGCGCGCGGGUUCGCCUCGGCCGGCGCCGGCCGACAGCCGAGCGCCGCCCGCGGGGCCCCCAGCUCACGCUCCGGAGGAUUUUCCCAGGACCGAAUACCUGCCGAAGAAAAUGCGAGCCGCUGAGAUUCUAGGUGGCAAGCUGAGCGCCGCGCGGCAGGCGCUCGCCGCCUCCACCUCCGCUUCCGGGACCGGAGCGGAUUCGUCAAGUCGUUCAGAGGUUGCUUUUUUAGAGGAUCCAAAAAACGUAUCGAGCCGGUCCAAAAGCACCGCCGCGGCGCUGGCCCGGGAGCAACAGGAGGCGGCGAGUCCGACACGGUCGGUGAAGGCUCCGACGCCUAAGUGUGAGCGCAGCAAAAUACGGAAACCCACACUAGAACGGAUCACCAGAACGAAACGGAUCUCUGCGGACGGGACCGAGUCGCCGGAGCGGCCGGCCACGCCCGACUCGUGCUGCGGCUUGGACGGGAUAAACAUCAAGACGGGCAUGAUAUGCGAAGAGAAACACUCGGAAAUACUGAACAGAGAACGCGUGAUCAGCAUUUGCAACAUCGACAAGCACGCGCUCGACGACUACCUCAACGAGGGCAACAGCCAGGAGCACGAGGAGGAGCUGCUGCAGUACUUCCACCAGCGCGGCGGCGAGCCGGCGCCGCCGCCCGCGCCCGCGUCCGCGCCCGCGCCCGCGCCCGCUUGUGCUGAUGCUGCUGCUUUUUUAGACACAGGCCUGGACCCGCAAGACGACCAUAGUCAAGGCAAAAAUGAAAAAAUAUCCCAGCUAAGAGAGUUACUUGCAAAAAAUCUGAAAAAUCAAAGCGGGUCCAGUUCUCAGAACCUUCCACUAAAUAAAGAAAUUCAGCUACCUCGAGAAAACGUACGCGAUUCCGUCGUUAACGUCGCCAAGUCUGCAGUCACAGAAGGCGCAUUCAAACCGGUCAUAAACACUGGUAUUGUGACUAUGAACGGAUCGACUUCGACCGGCCAAGCCGAAUCGAACGGUCGCAAACAUUGUGCGACGAUCCCUAACGGUAACGGAACCGCAAUGCCCUACACGAACCCGGGCGGUGCAGGUCAAGUAUCGACUGCGCCGGCAACUCAUCUCUACAACGGAAACAGUCAUAACGUACCUCAAAGUCCAACCACAAGAACGCAGCAAUAUGACUUUGUUCCCAUUUCGGACGGCUGCCACUCUCCCGGAAAUUUUCAUACAAAAUCUCCGGUCGGGUUCGUCCAGAGAGGUCACAGUCCGUCGAAGAUGAGCAAGCCCGCGAUAAUGGGCGGGUCGCUGCAGACGUCGCCCAUCUCACACAGCACGGCCGCCAGCCCCUUCGUGAGCCCGCGCAACACGCCGGUGCCGCGCUCGCGGCUCUGUCCCCGGCCCAUACCCAAGCUCAACGGGAGAAAGAGAAGAAAUCCGUUGUCGUUGGGUGUCGGAGACCCGAACACCAAGCCGUUCGCUAUUCCCAACGACCAGAAGUUUUUUCCUAAAACUUCUUUAUGCGGGCCUAACGUGAAAUAUUGCCAGCCCAUGUCGGCGCCUCCCUCGCCUAACAUAUUGACAUCACAAUAUAAGAGCCACAUGUUUCAGUGUAACGCGAACGUGUCGAAUGGCUCCAGCAACCUACAUCUAAACUUCCUUCCGCAUGUACAGUUUCGAGACGGGAUGAACGGAGACAUGGCUCAGCCGCUGUCGGCGGACCCUCUAUCGAGUGAGGUGAGUCAGUUCUUCCAGGAGUCGCUGGGGAGCUACCGACCGGACCACGAGGCCUGCUUCCGCUCGCAGUCGGUGCCGCUGAAGCCGGGCGUGGGCGGCCCGCUCGCCUCCUACAUACACACGCCCGUCGGAUCCGUGCCGCCCACUCCCGUGCCCAACGAGUUCUGCGACUUUGGCUCUCUAGCCGACACUUGUGACAUAUCUAAAGCGGGCCUCAACCCCGAAACGUUGGAUAAAAUAUAUGACGCCAUAGACAGCAGUAACAAUGUACUUAACUCGACAGCCGCUCAAACCAUUCUAAGCUCCGGAAAUCCUCUGAGUAACGGUUGCGAUCCGUUGCCGGAGCAGCAGAUCCUGUCGGACGAGCAGUUAAACUCGCUCAUCCCCGGCGACGGGGAACUACUCGACCAGUCUGACGGUCAAUUAGCUAACCAUUUUAACCACUCCUACCCGGAAGACACCUCGGCCUCGACUGACAACGUCGAGGAUUUUUUGAAACGAGCGCACAGUAUCGAAUUCGAUUUGUCAGAGUUGGUAACGGAUAAAAACAAAUACUAUACAUCACGUUCAGUUCCGAGUACUCCGUUACCUUUCAAACGUGCGGCGCCAAAUUUGCAGAUUGAUUCUCGUCGCCCUCGCGAAUUGUUCGGGCCGAGCGAGUACUCGGCCGCGGCGAACGGGAUCUCGUCCAAGUCGGUGCCGUCGACGCCGCAGCUGGCGGAGGAGCGCAGCGUGUUCAGCUACAGCAACCGCGACUUCCUGAUCAACGGCAACUCGGUGGAGGUGUGCGGCGGGCUGGGCGGUGGCGGCGCGGCCGGCGGCGCGCUGGACGGCGAGGCGCUCGGCUCGCCGCUGCACGAGAUGGACAUGCUGGAGCCGCUCACGCCCGCCGCCGAGCUGCUGGCCGACCUCGACAAGAUCGACGGCCCGCCCUACGUCGACCUCUAGUCACCCCUCACCGCCGCGCAGAAUGUAUAUAAAUCUAGGCCCGCUUUAUAUUUGUACAGAUAUUCAACAGUUGCGUAUCUCUACUGUGUACAAUGACCUCGUAUGCCUUCAGUGAAGGUUCAAUGCUAAUAAGUUUUAUAACGAUAGAUCGCACGGUUCACUCCCAAAAUGUCGAGUCAAUAAACUUACAGUGAGAUUAUGAUACGACCAUUAGCUAUUAACCUAAAAAUUGGUCUUGACGCUAAAUUAUACCCAGAAACCACUAUUGCUUUAUUGAUAUAUGUAUUAUAACAUUUCACACUUGUGGUUGAUUUUAUGAAUCAUGUAGAUCGAGUCGAUCGCGUACUAUAGCAAAAUACAGUAUGGUCACUACUUAUAGUAGUAUCCUGCUACCGAAAUGUGUAACUAAUUAAUAAUUAAUGUGACAGAUGCACUGUACCGCUGCGUACCGUCGCCGAUAUGGAAACAACAAUGCUCUCUCCCGUCAAAUAUACAUAAACAGGUGUUUAAAUUGGACAGUAACCAUAAGGGAUCUAAAUCAUUGUACAAAACGUCGGUUACAUUACUGUCGUACAUAAAGUUUCCUACCUUCCACUUUCACGUCAUCACAAAUGCCCGUUUUAAACAACAGAAACAACGAAAUAUGUAUUAUACAUAGGCGAAUAGUGUAGUAACAUAAAGUGUUCGACGACCGACGAUUCACGUUUGGACGUUUGCUGUCCUUCAUUGUUUAACUAAGGAAGUAUCUACACAGACCAAUGCGUGCAAAGCGCGCCUAGGAAAUUAUUAUAACCGAUUGGUUUUCUUGAUACUAUGAAUAGUAUAUAGUUUAUAAAAAAUGAAUUUAUUGUAAGUUAGCACAAAGAUUUAAUAUAUUUUAUUAUCACAUAGGAAUUUUACUUGAUAUAUUAAAUUAAAUACGUAUACCUACAUACAAUUAACUGCAUUAAAUGCAGAAAAAAAUAUUCUGCCAUAAUGGCUGCAGUGAGCUUAAAAAGUGACCAAUAUUAUGCAUUAGUUGCUGAUACAUGCCGGCCAGAGAUUACGUUUAGAUUUGAGUCCUGUUUAUGUGGCAAUAUGUCGUUAGAUAUGAGUUGCUAAAAAUACUGUAUAGUUAUGUUAUAUCGUUUAGUAGAUAGAUUAUAAUAUUGUUGACAUGCAUUGAAUUGCGAACAUGCUUGUAAGUUUUAGUAGCAUGCUGUAAAUAUUAGUUCUGGCCGGUUGGUGAUUCGUGUUUAAACAAUGAAUUUAUGUUGUGCGGCCUAUUUAUACAUAGUACAUGUUUUAUGUGGGUGCUACGAAUUUCUUUGCAUUAGGCACACAUCAAGAGAUAUAAUAACAUUUAAACAAAAAUGCCCUCAAUCUGUGCCUGAUGCAACGGUAUAAAAUAUGUACUUUUUGAAAGCUUUGUCGUUUGUUAAAACUUAGUACAAAAUAUGACACACUGAUUCGACAGGGAUGUAUAAUGUAAGUGAAACCGAAGACUGUAAAGCUUGUAGAUAUUUUGAACACGAAAUAAUUAACUACCAUUGUCUCGAGGAGGAGCCCGCGACGGGGGCCUCAGUGAUCAGUGUUAUUAUUCCAAUUUGGUAUAAGUCUUACCAAAUUCAGCUAGUACCUAAUAUUUAAGCUAAGAUGUAUAUUUUAUUAAGUAACAUUUAAGUAAUAUGUUAUCACACAUAAAAUUGUUGGACAGUUUGUCUUAUGUAAUAGUGUCACUUAUAUUCCAAAGUUGAAACUAUUUUUGGUUUUCCACAAGGAAGGGUCCUAUGUUUCUGUUUAAGUGCAAAAAGGUUCUUUACAUCUGAAAUUACGUCAUAAAUUCUAGUAAAACGGUCCUUGUUGAACAUAUUUUUCCUCCUACCCUUAUCCCACGUUAUGUGGGACUGGUACAACUAGUAUUUCUCUUCCAUUCUCCUCGUCUUUCGAAAUCUUAGCACUUUCUCUCUUUCGCGCAAUCUGUCCAUCGCUGUUUGGAUUUACCCUUCAAUCACCGUCCAUCAACAUCAACGUCCUUAAUAUUCUUUGGCCUAUAAGACAAUCAUACUUUAUGUGUCUGUACUCUUUACAUAACUGCUCCUCAUCUUCUCUUUUGAACUUUCCCUUAGGUACUCACUCAUUCCUAAUCCGAUCC